AUGGCUGACUUGCCGAUUGAGCCUUCGCUAGGCGAAACAUCUACAGUCGAUACCGCAGAGAUGAUGGAAGCGAAUAUAGACACAGAUGCAGAUGCGCAAGAGCGUGGCCGCCUCAAGCGACGCAGGCAGUCUUCGCAGCACUCUCCGCGUCGUGCGUCCUCUCCCUCUCGCGGCCACGACCGUCACAGCGGAUCGCGGUAUCGAGUCCACCAUCGGAAGCACCACCGCCCUUCUUCCCCAACAUCUUCUUCCAUAUCCCCACCCACGUCUGUGCAGAAGAAGACUAGACGACGCAGCGACGCAGAGCCUGAUCACACUUUCAGAGGGAGGGCGCGCAACAGGAGCAGCAGCAGGUGCAGGACUAGGAGUCCGAUCCUGGAAUACGAGGAUGCAUUUCUGGACAAUGAGGAAGAUGUGAAAAGGUAUAGGAAAAGAAGCGCACCGCCUAGUCGACACAGAAUAGAUGGCGGAGGCGAACUCCGGCGUCUGAGAAGUUACCCAAAUCUGUACAAGGAGGAUAGGAGGGAUUCCAAGGGUGAAGAUGAAAAGGAGUCGCAUGUAGUCAAGCCUGAUGAAUAUGAAGAAGCAACCGCAGAGAAUCACAGCGCGAAGGACUAG